CCCCUCCUUCGUCCUUCUUCUUCCCGUUGAGCCGUUCGGUUUCGGUGAACUCCUACACCUGCUCUCUCCCUUUCUCGCGUUUGUCCUCACACGAACACACUCGACAUGGAUGAUUUUGAUAUGUUGAACGCGCCACCCGCUGGGAACGGCGUAGGCUCAGAAGAGGACCCUGCGGCCGCCUUUUUGGCCCAGCAGGAGAGCGAAAUCGCGGGGAUUGAAAACGACGAAGGCUUCAGCAUCCUGGACAGCGGAGAGGUCCCCUCGUCGCUGGCGGACUCUAACGAUGGCGCUGUAAAUGGAGAUCUUCAUGGGGAAAGCAACGGUCCAUCAGAUGCCUAUGCAGCAAUUUCCAGUGCAGACCGACUGCAGGCCGAACCUGAAAGUCUACGCAGAUGGAGGGAGGAGCAAAGCGAAAGGCUGGAGUUGCUGGAUGCCAACUCUCGCAAGCAGGAGUCGGAGUGGAAAGAGAAGGCCAAGGUGGAACUGGAGGAGUGGCAUGCCAGGCAGAAUGAGCAGCUGGAGAAAACCAAAACCAACAACAGGGUGCUGGAUGAAGACUUCUACAAGCAGCCCUUCUCUGAGCUCAUUGGUUAUGUCACACACAUUAACCAUCCUUGCUACCGCCUAGACCAGGCAGCUGAAGAAGCCAUGGUUUCAGAUCUGGAUGAAAACAACCCCGGCACCGAGUGGGAGCGGGUGGCUCGGCUCUGCGACUUCAACCCCAAGUCCAGCAAGCAGGCCAAAGACGUGUCACGCAUGCGCUCUGUCCUCAUCUCCCUGAAGCAGUCUCCACUUGUCCGCUAGGCACCCAGCAACGCUCAGGGUGUCAUUCCAUAUCAUCCUUUCUCCACCACACACCACCAACUCAACUCCUUAUGUCCAAUCAUUUGUAUUCCAGUGGGGCUUACUUGCCUUGUGUCAUAUCCAUCCUCCAUGCCCAGACCUGUCUUAUCCCCCAGUGGAAGGAAGUAUCCAGUGGUCCUAUCCUCAUUUAUCUUUCCAUCUUCUGGCAGGGCUGUAGAGAUUAGCCUUCAUGUACCUGUACACCACUCUCUGCCCUCUGAAACGUUUUCACCUGUGUAUGCCACUUCCACAGACCAGCCAAGACCAUAUAAUAUAUUGCUCAUUUAGUUUUACUGUCAUCGAGAUCUCUUAAAUUUAUACCGGGCCUCGUGGUUUGUGGCCUUGCGCAACAUUCGUGUAAAGGUGGCGAGUUGGGACACUAAAAGGGAAGGGCUGAUGUUUGUUUGGGCCUACAGCUACACUACAACCUGCUUCAUAUGGCCCCCAAACAAUAUCAUUCCCAUGAUGCUGUGCUGUGACUCUUAACUUGCCAAUCCCAAGUAUCUUCCUCUGACCCUUGAGGUUUGAUAUCAAGUGGUUUUAUUCAACCUUGUCCCUCCAGUGCAUCACCUUACGUGUUCCCUCCCUUACAAAAACAAACGUAUCUACACAUUUUUCUUUUCUUUUUUUUAAAGGACCAAACUCUAAAACAAAUUUCCGGAUUCAGUGUGUGUACUUUGAACUGUGUGUGUAGAGCCUGCUUGUGGCAUAUUGUGUUGAAUUUUCCAAUCUAUGCAUUUUCUUUUGAAAGCCUCCCUCCUCCCCCAGUCAAGAACUGAACAAAGUCCAGUCAUUACAAUAAAUGUGACCUGUUUGUAUGUGUGUUAAAACCUCAGCAAGUGUGUGUAUGUACUCUAUGCGUGUACCUAUGUACAUAUACAGAAGGCAAUAUAUAUACAGUAUAUAAAACAUUUAUGUCACUGAAAUUAGACGUUGUGGUUUUAAACAGAACUAGAUGCUAGCCAUCUGUGCUUGACCAUGUGUGUUCAUUGUCCAUUUGAUUUCAGUAUCAGUAAAAAGUAAAUUACA